AUGAACUCUAACCUGCAGAGAGAGAAGGAGGAGGAGUUCUCCCGACUGCAGGAACAGAAAGAGGAGAAGGAGGAGGAGAUCUCCCGACUGCUGAAACAGAAGGAGGAGAAGGAGGAGGAGAUAUCCCGACUGCUGAAACAGAAGGAGGAGAAGGAGGAGGAGUUCUCCCGACUGCAGAAACAGAAGGAGGAGAAGGAGGAGGCGUUCUCCCGACUGCAGGCCACAUACAGCAGUGAGAUUUGCUUCUCCAAUUACACCAAUAAGACAGUGGAUGUGACUCUAGAUCCCGAAACUGUGAGUCCAAAUCUCAUCCUGUCUGAGGAUGUGAAGCAAGUGAGAUAUGGAGAUAAACAGAAUGUUCCUGAUAACCCAAAGAGGUUUGAUGCUCCAUGCGUCCUGGGAAAGGAGGGUUUCUCCUCAGGGAGAUUUUACUAUGAGGUGCAAGUUGGGGAGAAGCCUGAGUGGGCUUUAGGAGUGGCCAAAGAGUCUAUCAACAGGAAGGGGAAGAUUACACUGAGCCCUGGGAAUGGAUACUGGACCAUAUGGCUGAGGAAUGGGACUGAGUACAGUGCCAACCCCUCUCCCCCUGUCCCCCUCCCCCUGAGAGAGAAGCCCAGGACAGUGGGGGUGUAUGUAGAUUAUGAGGGGGGUCAGGUCUCCUUUUACAAUGUAGAGGCCAGGUCUCAUAUCUACUCCUUCACUGGUUACACCUUCAGUGACAAACUUCUUCCAUACUUCUGGCCUGGUAUCAAAGAUGUUCGAGUAAAUAUACCCUUAAUCAUUAUUUUUCCUGUCAGUCGCAGAGACUGAAUGAACUUUGAUGCAUAAAGGCAUGGCAUAUUUAUCUUUGCUAGUUCAGAGCACUGUCUCUUUGAUACCAUACAUGAUAUUCUCAGACGCUUACACCAUUGUAAGAGUUUCUGUAGUUAAGUAUAUUUAGAAGGUAAA